UUAUUGUAAAGUGAUGCGGUGGUCAUUCGUCGAAAUCGUAAAUAAUUCAAUAGUAGACUUUCAGUAGGAUAUAGUGAGUUAGCGUUAUACAAAUGCACUUGUAGUCUUACACAAGUGACGUGGGUUUCUUGAGUACUGCAUGAAGUAUACUUCAUGAUGGUUAAUUGUGCACAUUGCAAUUCGUUCUAUAACUAGUGGAAGAACCCGUUGAAGGUAUUGUUGUUAUUGAUAGUAAAGCGAGUUAGUCGAGUUUAGGAAGCGCCCGGCCUGUCACGGUGCAGAGCGUCUCCAUGGUGGUGCGCAAGCUUCUCAGGAAGCGCUGGGUUCUCGGGGUGGUUUUUGGACUGUCCCUCAUUUACUUCCUGGCCAGCACACUCAAGCAGGAGGAGAGGACCGUACAUGACCGGAGCCUUCUGCAAGCCCGGGACCCUGACCACCGCAUCGACUGGAAAGUUAACUUUAACUUGGGAAACAGCAGCCGUCAAAUCAACCGAUGUAGGAACUCUAUCCAGGGCAAGGUUCUCCUCACAGACGAGCUGGGUUUCGUCUGUCAGAGGGAGGAUCUGCUGGUGAAUGGCUGCUGCAAUGUCAAUAACCCCAGCACCAGCCAGUAUCUCUGCAAGAGCUGCUUGUCCAAUGGGUGCUGCGGUGUGUAUGAGUACUGCGUUUCCUGCUGUCUGCAGCCAGACAAGCAACAGCUUCUGGAGCGCUUCCUGAAUCGAGCAGCAGAAGGCUUUCAGAAUCUCUUCACAGCCGUCAAGGACCAUUUUGAACUGUGUCUGGCCAAGUGUAGGACCUCCUCCCAGAGUGUUCAGCAUGAGAAUACCUACAGAGAUCCCAUGGCCAAGUACUGCUAUGGGGAAAAUCCACCAGAACUGCUCCCGAUUUAGUCUUCUGUGAAUCAAGGAUGGAAAACAUACAAGCACAAGGUGUGGGAACUGGUAAAAAGUACAACGUGGGAAAACGCUGUCUCAUCCUCAUUUCUUAAAUAGCUGUGACUGAUCCAGGCAGUGUUAACCAGUCCACAUGGAGCCUGAACAAUUGCAACUGGCUUUUCCUGCUUGCGUUUACACUGUCAAAGGUGGGCACUAUACUGUGCAUACGCAUGUCAAGCAAAAUAAAUAUCUCAGCUUCAAUAGUACUGCAGCGCAGUGUCUUGUAGAACACCCACUCAACUCAGAAUGGUCCUUCAGAACCCUUUGUUCUAAUAAUGUAUUAAAAACCCAAGGUCAGGGAGUUCAUCAGUGGAGGCAUCCAUUCACUGCAUGUCACACAUCAGAGCGCUGUAGAUUUCUAGAGAACAGCUUGCCCAAUUGUCAUGAGACAGAAAUCCAGAGGGUGUGGGUGUUUUUGGUUCACAGUAAGGCCUUUUGGACAACUGCCUGAUGCAAAGUAAUGAAAGAAAAAUGUUACAGUUCCCAAUUUCAUUUUUCCCAAGCCAUUCAUUUUCUUUGGUGCUCAUUAAUUUGUUCUCGUUAGGGAAAGACAAUGGACUUGACAUCUCUGCACUGGGGAGCAUGUCCUAUUCAGAGUGCUCCCACAGCACCACCCCUGUGUCUACUGCUUGUAUGUGACCCUUUUCUGCUAAAUCGGAAGAUUUUAUUUGGGUCAUGGAUAAGUGUGGCAUUGGCAAGGGAAAUAAUACAAAAGCAAUUCAUCUUCUUGACUGCAAAAAAUAGAAAAAUCUGCAUUUUAAUUAGAAAUUAAUGUAAUGCAGAUCAUAUGUGUAUGUGGUGCUGUUUUGUUUCUGAUUGUUUGAUUAAUGACUGUAUAAAGAGUUUUUUUAAUCAGUGAGAAAACUUUCAGCAUGUGUGUAGUUGUGUUUUUAGCCUGCAUCACAAUGUAUAUAAAGUGAAUCGGUGUAUUAAAAGUACAGUAAGGAAACUCAUUUUUGUAUGCAUUGCUGAAGACUGCAAAGCGAGAUCGACUCAAGAAAUGAAUCUGUACCUUUUAAGCACAAGAUCCUCAGUAAUGCUAAAGGCUUCGAUAAGAGAUUGUCUGCUAAGGUCACGUCUCACUUCUCGGGCGAGCCACUGCAACAGCCUUAGUAAGACUGAAACAAUACACAUAUCUGAAUGUUCUAGCCGUGAACCACAAGAUGUCAGCAAAGCUACCUUUGAAAGUCCAGAACAGUACAGCGAUCAGACACCUGACACUGAAUGGUUUUGUUUCUUUUUAUUAAGGUAAGCAGAUGUAGAUGUACUGAAUAGAAAGAAAGCAAGCUACAAGCACAGUGUCGUUUUUAUUUUUAAUUUUUAGAUUUAUUUGUUUAAACCUUUGGUGUAACCAGUUCACUGUUUAUACUAUCUGGUGCAUUUUUUCAAUGACGAGGUAGACUUCACUUAGUAGUUACAGUGAUCUUUUAUAUUUUGCUUUAACAGUGUUCCAUUCAUUUGAACAAAUAAUAAUGGAUUAAACAAUUAAAAAAUGCCCAGCCCUCCUAAAGUAGCGCAUUUUAGUUUUAAACGUUUAUUAAAAUACUAUGGGGUUUUUCUUUUAUCAUUUAAGCAUUUCACAACCUUAAAUUUGGUUAAAUAAGUGUGUAUCACCAAAGACUUGAUAAACUUAAGAAUUAGCUAAAGUAUGUUCUCUACAUACUGUGGCAUGCCAGAGUUUUCUAUAAACCAGUCAUGAAGUUUAAACUUGUAGAUGUUCCUUUGGUGAGUGUCUAGGUCACAGAGACCACCUUUAUGUUUUUUUUUUUUCUGGCUUGUGAGAAGGGGCUGCUUGGUUUUGUUAUUAUAUUAAAUGUUACAUCAAAGGCAGUUUUGACAGGGAAUUUACAGAAACUAAUCAAAUAUGACCAGACCGACAUGGCCAGGGUACUAACAGACUGAAGCUCGGUUGUUGUGAUGUGUAAAAAACUCAAAGAAAUGGAAUAACCCCGAGGCAGGAGAGUGACACAUAGGUUGUGCCCUGCUGAAAGAGAGAGAGGGGGGGGGAUAGUUUUUCUAAAACCGCGAGGAGAUGAAAAGCUUAUUUACUCAGAAAGCCGCACACCUUACCUGAAACAGAAGGGGGUUUCCUGAAAACUGAAAGAAAAAGAAAAGAAAAACAUUGUCUGUUUGUUCAGUUUAUUGAAAAAAUUUAAUUAGAACUUAUUUACGGUAAUGAAACUGAAGAGAAAUUAGCAAGGAAGGAGAGGUGAAAAACUCCCUCGCACACCUACUGCUGUGUGUAAUUAUUCUGCAGUGAGUCUGCUAGUCAGAUAGAAUGGGGGGAGAGUGGGGGGGUCUCCUUGGGGUGGAGGAACAAUGAAAUCUCACGCUGCGCUCCCACAGCAGCCCUCUGUUGAUUGUCAUCUUUUCUUUCCUUCCCCAUGCUGACAAAGCUCCCUUUGACCCAUUUUUAGCUGUGACCCUAAAAGAACCCUGUGUGAGAAGAAAAUUCCAGCUUUGUGACCUUAUGAUAGUCAAGUGCAAUUAAAAUCUAUAUAUUUCAGGUAAAAAAAAA